AUGGCAAACUCUUGUCUCCAACUGAGCGGUUUACUCAUCAGCUGCCUCGGCUGGCUGGGCAUCCUGAUCGCGACAUCCACCAACGACUGGGUGACUAUGUGUAAAUACGGUUUGAACACAUGCAAGAAGAUGGAUGAGCUGGGAGGCAAGGGACCCUGGGCGGAGUGCGUCAUCUCCACUGGACUCUACCACUGCGUCUCCUUGACGCAGAUCCUGGAGCUGCCAGCCUACAUCCAGACGACUCGUGCCCUGAUGAUCACCGGUUCGAUCCUGGGUCUCCCAGCAGUGGGAAUCAUCCUGAUGUCCAUGCCCUGCAUCAACCUCGGCAACGAACCCCAGAGCUCCAAGAACAAGCGCACCAUCCUGGGAGGAGUGCUGAUUCUCAUAGUUGCGAUGUGCGGUAUGGUGUCUACAGUCUGGUUUCCGUUCGGCGCUCACCAGGAGCACGGCCUCAUGUCGUUCGGCUUCUCCCUCUACACCGGCUGGGUGGGCACUAUCUUCGCCCUGCUGGGCGGGUGCAUUCUCACCUGCUGCUCCUCAGAUUCCUCCUCCUCAUCGCGCUCCUACCAGGACAACAAUCGUUUCUACUACUCCAAACAGGGAAGUGGCAACCCGCCAGCAGCCACCUCCGCCACCAAUCACGCCAAAAGCGCCCACGUCUGAGAGGGAGGAGAGACUCUGGAGGGGCACUGUAGUUUGUAUAUAGAGACAUAUACACUAGCAAACACAAUCACAGUCACAAGCAAACCUAUAUACCGGAAGAGAAGGAGACACAUAAACACACUCAUUCAUGUUCAAGAAAAAUAUUUUCUUGAAUGAGCACACAAACAUACAUAAAAGAGACAUUCACACAUCCAAACACACAAAGACUGUUUUUGUUGGAGCUCUUUUUCACCGGUGGAUUGUUUUUGUGUCGCAGAGCUCGUCUUCCAGCCUCCUCAUGUUGGGCGUGGCGUGGACUCUCCCCGCUGUUAUAUAAUUGUACAAACGCCUGCGGUAAUCACCCGAGGCCUUGUGGACUGAGAUAUUGAUCUUAUACUUCUAUUUAGACGCUCCUACAGAUGAAAUCUUACGAGCGUCUUUGUUGAUAAAUCUGUUUUGUUUUUUUAUCAUAUAAACCAUGAUCUGUUGUUUUGAUAAGAGCAGGGUAUGACAGUAUUAUUUCUUAUGGAAUUAUGUUCAUUAACAUUGUCUAUGUGCAUUGAUUUUUCUUUGACAGUAUUGUACAACUCUCUAGUGCCUCUUGAGUGACAGACUUGAUUAAAAAAAAAACGCAGCACUGUUUUUCCCAAGAUGAUGGGAACAUAAAUUUCACCGGAGAGCUUCAGGCAGCAGUGUUACAGCCUGUAUCAAAGCCUUAGUAUGUGCACUGAUUUGGCACAAAUAGAUAUUAGAGAGCACAAAACCUUAAUCUUUUGCUCAUUUCUCUGUCAUCUGAUAUUUCAUAAUCCAAACCUUACACAUUUUUAUGUGACUAACAUGCUUCUAUUUUGUGUGUGUGACAAAAAAAGCAGCUUAUUCUGUAAAAAAAACAACAGUAUUAUGUAGAUUAGCUUCUCUUGAGGGAAUGUGAUGACUUGAAAUGUUCAAUAUCUCAAAAAGUGCUCUGAACACAGAUGGAAAUUUCCAACUCAGAUCCACGCAGAAGCAGUAUUAGCUGGUUAUUUAUUGUUUUCACUGAUGCGCUGUUGUUUGAUUUUCUAUAAUAAAGACAAAAAGAACUAAAA